CGUGUGUAUAUAACAGCGGCGUGUUUGUGUUCUUGUGUAAAGUGUAAAGACCGCUGAAGGAAACAAGGACGAAUUUCACACCUAAAGGCAAAGAAUAAACUCUAAGAAAAUGUCAUCCGUGAAUCUGACCAGCCUAGGAGCCAACCAAGUGAAAAGCACCACGUCUGGAGAGAUGGUGGAGAUUGGUUCUCUGUGGCAGGAGCAGACGGUUGUUCUCUUCUUCUUGCGGAGGUUUGGUUGUCAGGUGUGUCGGUGGAUGUCAGCGGAGGUCAGUAAACUGGAGAAGGACCUGAAAGCAAACGGUGUCGCUCUGAUCGGCAUCGGACCUGAGGAGACAGGAGUGAAGGAGUUCAUGGAUGGGGGAUUCUUCAAGGGCGAGAUCUACAUUGAUGAGAAAAAACAGUGUUACAAAGAUCUAGGCUUUAAAAGGUACAAUGCCGUGAAUGUGAUUCCAGCUGCUAUGGGGAAGAAAGUACGAGAAAUCGCCUCAAAGGCAAGCGCAGAAGGAAUUCAAGGGAACUUUAGCGGAGAUCUUCUGCAGAGUGGAGGCAUGCUCAUCGUCGCAAAAGGUGGAGAAAAGGUUCUGCUGCAUUUUGUCCAGAAAUCGCCUGCAGACAACAUAUCUCUGGAGGACAUGACCAAAGCUCUCGGGAUCUCGGCGAACGUCCAGGCUGGUGAAAAACCACAGUGCAAUGAAGAUGUUUGUACACGAUAGAAGACUCUUCUAGUUCUUCAGGGAUGCAUGGACUGUGAUUUUUGGUUAUCCAGUGUUAUAUUCCCACUAAACUGACUCAAAUCAUCUUUACAUUUAUGUGAUACUUUGGUUUAUAUUUUAAAAUAUAAUGCAAGAACAUUUCUAAGCAUUUUAUAUGUAUUGUUGAUUACUAAUGCUGCUUUGAUCUUCAAUUUCUUUGACAAAUGCUUUUAAAUUAGUUGAUCAACCAUUGAAAAAUAGUUUGUGUUUUAAGCUUUGCAUUAGAGCUAAAAGAUACUCCUUUAAUAAAAUGAUUUUAUAAACGUAUAUUUAUUAUGAUUUUUCCUAACACGUCUGACCAAAUGUGACUUGUUAAUUAAAGAAUGUGAAUGAUAUUGUAUAUAUUAAAACUCUUACCAAAGUA